AUGGAGGGCAUUUCCCACCAUGUGGCUGAAGCCAAUGGUCAACCAAACCCCAUCCCAAUUGGACUGAGCAAAGAAAAAAUCGACAUAAUGUGGCAGAUGAGCAUCGCUUCUUUUACUCCAAACAACAACGAAUUGGUGAUUCCGAACUCUAUGGCGACGAAGCUCAGCGAAGAGAACAUUGCCGAUCUUCAGUCACGUUUCAGCGCUCAUUUCGGCAAUGCUCCCGCUACUGUAUUUGUUGAUCACUUCCAACAAGCCUUUCACAUCCGCCUAACUCUUGAGCUCCCUGCCACUGGAACCGGUCAGACCGGCAUGAGCAGAUCUCUGUCACGGUCAACCUCAAGUCUCUCUCCAGUACCGGCACGUGCACGUUCCCCAAAGGGAUCUCCGGUCAAACCGGUUCGCUUGCCCGGAAAGAAGUCAAAAGUGCCUCGUCCACCCAAUGCAUUCAUUCUCUACCGAGUCGAAAACCAUCCCAAGCUAAAGGAUGAGAGACCGGAAUUGACAAAUAAUCAAAUUUCAAUCGUCCUUGGAAGGAGAUGGAGAAACGAGUCUGAACAAGUUCGAGCACAUUUCAAAGAUCUAGCAGAUAAGAUCAAGGCUCGGCACGCUGCAGAGAACCCGGGCUAUCAGUAUGCGCCACGCAAAUCAUCUGAGCUGAAGCGACGCAUGACUGCGCGUAAGCUCGCUGCUCGUCGCGCUACCAAAGCCCAAACCGAUUCGCAAUCUAGUUCGGAUCUUGAGAUGAGAGACGUGACUGAGCUUGCCGAUGCUAGUCAUCACGACGAUAUUGCAAUGGAUGGCACUAUCAGCGAGGCCAACGAAGUUGCAAGGUUCUACCAGGACGACGAAGUCAUUUCUGCUACGAGCCUCUUGUGCAGUGACCGCACCUCCUACCUGAGUCGCAUCAGACACGGCAACAGCGGCACUAUGUCUGUCAUUCUCCCUGCCGGCCAUGAUCAAGUUGAGCACGACUACGAUACCAAAAUGGCAAAGUACAUGGAGCACCUCCUCCGAUCAUAUGAGGGACUAGUCGGACCUGACGCAGAAAUCAAUCUCACCACCCGUCCUGCUCGGUCAAGUCUUGAAGCUGACGACUUCAUGAACAGUCUUGUCGACUGGGAAGCGAUCAAAGCCGACGCGGACAUUGUCCACAACGCAGUUAAGCAAGACCAACUUGAGACCCUGCAUUUUGACAGCGAAGACGAGCGUGUCAAGUUUCAGCAAGAGCUUGACCGCAUUCUGUGCAUGCUGGAGUGA